ACCCCCUGGUCUUUGGUGGCUGUGACGGCUCAACGACCAGACAAACAUUGCCAACAUGCCAAAAGAUGCCAUACAAGCAAUAUGGACAAACAAGGGCUCAAGCCGCAUCGCACAAAGGCUUAUAUAGAGACUGCACUCGCCAGAGAGAUUUCCUCUCAUUUUCCCUUCCCAGAUUCGAUAUUCUCGUUGAUGGCUACAAUAGUCAAGAUAGGAAUUCAGUUCGUUAUUAUCUUCUAUUCCGAGCCCGUGACAGUGGCGAGGCCUCACUGA